CUGAUCAAAGAGGUAAGAAGAAAUGUCCUGCCUGAGGAAUUUCAGUGUUUUCGUCUCAUGCAUGUUUCUCUUCAUCAUCCAGCCAGGUCAUGGCUCUGAGAUUAUUAGAGGGAAAGAAGUUGAGCCACACUCACUGCCUUUCAUGGCUCAUGUGAGAAGUGAACGAGCUAUGUGUGGCGGGACAUUAAUCCAUCCACAAUGGGUCCUGACAGCUGCCCACUGCACUGAUAUGACUCUAGUGAUCCUGGGAGCGCACUCCCUCAGGAAAGUGGAAGUUGAUUCUUGGCAGGUCAGAGAGGUUGAGAAACGAUUUCCUCGUCCUGGCUAUUACAGUGCAUUCAAGGGCAAUGACCUCAUGUUGCUCAAGCUCAAGGAACCAGUGAUACUAACCAUGGCAGUGAAACCCCUCCAACUGGACAACAUUGUCAGAGACCCUCCACCUGGAAGCAAGUGUAUGGUGGCUGGAUGGGGAGUAACUGAAAACAACCAAAUAUCAGAUGUUCUCCUGUCUGUCAAUGUCACUGUGGUCAGCAGACAUACAUGCAACUCUGGUCAUUAUUACAACGGAAACCCUGUUAUCACCAAGGGCAUGAUAUGUGCUGGUGCAAAUAGUUUAGAUGAGGGUGAUACAUGUAGGGGGGAUUCUGGAGGUCCACUGCUGUGUAAUGGAGCACUGGUUGGGGUCACUUCAUUUGGACCAAAGGAUUGCGGCAACAAUUUUCCUGGAGUCUACUCAUUUCUCUCAGUGAAACAACUCUCCUGGAUCAAAAAUACAAUGAGGUUUUCUGAAAUGUUAUGAAUCCACAGGCAUCAAUCUAUAUGAGCUGAGCAAGAAGGGAAUCUUUGAUGCUUUUUUGUCAAAUCUACCACAGCUAUCACCAUAGACCCCUUACUUGAGCAAUAUCUAUUGUAACGGCUCAUUGAUUCUAUAUUUUAUAUUUUACUUUCUACUUGCUUGCUAUAAUUUUUAAGUACUGUGUAUACAAAAAUGGACACAGUGACCGUGAUAGUUUGUGAAUAACCAUACAUAAAAAUUGUUAUCCCAGAAACCAUUUUUUCCAAACAACUUAAAGUACUCCCAAGCAGGAGCGUUCCUGGUUGCUGCAGAUGAAUGCCACUGCUGCAGUAAAAACACAGAAAAAUUAUUUGUUUAAAUGCACACAAAACCCAUAAAAGUGAAGCAACAAAGUGAGAUUAUUCACCCUGUCAACCAAACAGAUUCAGAACCUCCUGUAUUACAAAUGUAAACUGAAAUUGAGACCUGUAAACAUUUUUUUGACAAAGAUAAAUUCCUAAGCACGCGAAGUAUGCUAUUUUGUUUAUUUCAUUUCUCAUUCUAUUUGUGCUUAACCCCCCCAAAAAAAUUAGCAUACCUUUGCUUUUUCUGCUUUAAUAGAAAAAAAAAAACUAAAAAAUUCUUUGAGUACUGUCAUUUAUAUUACCAUUAAAGCUACAAGCAUCAAUGAAAAAGACAUGUUUCCUUCUCUCUUUCU